CGUGAACUAAAGCUGACCAAACAGUUCUUCGAGCUGACCAAACUGAUAUCAAGUCAGGAGUUAACUUACAACUGAUUCAGGGUGUUUGAGCAUGUCGCAAGCAUAGAUAAUAGAUAUUCUGUUCCAUAAUAGUGACACAGACCCCUUGGCCUUAGGCUUUAGUGUGUGGCCUCGACCUUGGGCUUGGCACCAAUCCACCAUGGCUUCCAAACACAAGUACUCAGUUUUAUUGCCGACAUAUAAUGAGCGAGACAAUCUUCCUAUCAUCGUUUGGUUGCUUGUCAAAUAUUUUUCCGAAGGAAAGUAUGAUUAUGAAAUUAUAAUAAUUGAUGAUGGAUCUCCAGAUGGAACAUUAGAAGUUGCCAAAAAAUUGCAAGAAAUUUAUGGAGAAAAAAGAAUUGUUCUGAGACCAAGAGAGAAGAAACUUGGACUGGGUACAGCAUAUAUUCACGGUGUUCAACAUGCCACUGGUGAUUUUGUAUUUAUAAUGGAUGCUGAUAUGUCUCAUCAUCCCAAAUUUAUUUCUCAAUUUAUUGAAAAACAGAUCUCCGGUGACUAUGAUAUUGUGUCUGGUACAAGAUAUGCUGGUGAUGGUGGUGUCCAUGGCUGGAAUUUUAAAAGAAAACUAAUUAGCCGUGGUGCUAAUUAUAUUGUACAAGUGUUACUAAGACCAGGAUGUUCAGAUUGUACAGGAAGUUUCAGGCUGUACAAGAAAGAAAUAUUAGAAAGAUUAGUCAAAGCUUGCAGAUCUAAAGGCUAUGUUUUCCAAAUUGAAAUGAUUAUACAAGCAAGACAUAUGGGAUACUCAGUAGGAGAGGUACCCAUAUCAUUUGUUGAUCGAGUGUUUGGUGAAUCAAAACUUGGUGGACAUGAAAUUGUGGAAUGGUUGAAAGGGAUUUUGUAUUUGUUUGCUACAACUUAAUAUUUACCGUGAAAGUAGAAGUUAUUGCUGUAACAUUAAUUCAAAUAACAUGUUUAUAUGGUUAUUUCAAUAGGCAAUAUAUUCUGAGAUAUAAACAGAAAUAUAUACAGAACACAAUUUUGUGAAAUACUAUUCCAUUGUUGUAAAAAAUAAAUAUGUUCCAUUAUUUAAUGUGAUCUCUACUUGUAAAUGUAGCUUAAAGAUUAUUAUAUACCUGUAUCAUCAAGGUGUGGCCUUUUCCUUAGCGUACAAAAGAAGAUAGAAGAUUCUGGGGUGUAAGUCAUACUUGUGCUUUACUCAAUAAUUUCUUUCAUUUGUAUCCUGCUGACAUGAGAUGGGAUUUAUUCUUAAAUUAUUUGUCUGAAAUAUUUAACAAGUCUCUAUACAAUUUGUUGCACAACCAAAAAUCUCAUCUAAUCAUUCACCAUCCGAUCGUGAUAGGAAAUUAACAGCAAGGCUAUUGGUCUAAAUAAAAUGCUGUCAAAGAGUU